AUAGGGACAUUAGGUGACUGUGGUUUUAUGGUGAUCUCAGAGUGGUUCGAUAGUAAGUUCACCGUAGUCUUAUCAUUUUAUCACAGUCGUUUCAUAGUUAUCUUACAACAGUUUCACCAUAAAUUCAUAGUAAUUUGAUAGUAAUUCCAUAGUGAUACUGCAGUCAGCUUAGAGUGACACCACUGUUUUCUUAGGUGACGGGGAGUGGGUUGAGAGGGUAUUUUAUGAUGCCUUAAUGGGUGCCAAAAUACCCCAGUUCUUGGAUACAGCAGCAGACCACAUAUUUGGACAGAAUGUAUUAUUGAAAAGCACAAUCACAGGAAAACCUUCUAAUAGAUCAAAAAAUAUUCAAGUGGAGAAACCAGAACAGUUAGAUGCUCAUUUAAUGCAGCGUAUGAGAGAUGAGCCGAAUUAUGUGAAUGAUUCAACAAUUGCAGAGUUGGUCGAAGUGGUGUUUGAGAGUAGUGACGAGGAAACUACCGAAAAUAUUAAUGUCCAAAAUUGGGAAACACAACAUGAUUCAACGGACAUUAAAGAGACUAUUAAUGGUUUAAAAAAUCUGAUAAUGUUUAAAUCAGCAAACUUAUCAGUUUGGCAGGUGUUUACAGCUGUAAUGGCGAUCAUUGUGGGCUUUAAUUUAUCAGAUGAAGUGCAUCAGGCGCUUCUGGAACUAAUUAAAUUUGUAUCGGGACCAGAAUUUAAAUAUUUGGACACUUCGAAAUAUUUAAUGAACAAAUUAUUUAAUCCACUCAGUUCAGCGGCCGAAUAUGUAUUUCAUUGCACAAAAUGUAAUGCAUCAUUGACCAAGCCUAUACCAAUCAGUAAAAAUAUCCAGCGUGAAGUAAAAUGUGAUAAGUGCAACGCGAAAUAUAAAACUUCGAAAAAAGAAGGAAAUUUUUUUGUUACGCUCGACAUGCAAUCUCAACUUCAACAUUUUUUAUCUAAUGAAUUUAUCCAACAAGAGAUUGAAAAUAACGUGAAGAAUCGCCCAAAUUUCACCAACGGGAGUAUAAGUGACGUAUAUGAUAGUGAACGAUAUAUAAAUGAUGAAUUCAUUUGGACAAAAAAUGAUGAGAAUAACACUGUGUUGACAUUAAAUGUGAAUCUUGAUGGAGCACCGCUAUUUAAAAGCGGAAAAAAUAGCUUUUGGCCAAUCCAAUGUAUUAUUAAUGAAAUACCGCAAAGUUCCGCCAUAAAUUUAUGCUUUUGGCUGGUUUAUGGUACACUUCGAUUGAGCCAAAAGCUGAUUUCAUGAAUCUCUACUUAGAUUUAUUUAUUGCGCAAAUUAAAAAGCUGACA